CAACCACAUCGUGCGGACUUGAGAUCACACACUCCACCCUCACCCCUCUGCCAUUGCCCGGCUGCCGCCCAACAUGAGCUGUCUCAGGAUGCGCCGCUCGCAGUUUGCCAGCCAGCUCACCAAGAGCCUCCGCACUCCCACACGUGCCUUCUCGUCAACGCGGCCCGCUGCCCGCAUAUUUGCUACCGAGAACCUCAGGGCCAAGGAGGCUUCAGGGUUCAUUUCCCGCAAAUACCCCGUAAUAGACCACGAGUACGAUGCUGUCGUGGUGGGCGCCGGUGGAGCUGGUCUUCGCGCCGCCUUUGGUCUCGCUGAGGCCGGGUUUAACACUGCCUGCAUAUCGAAGCUUUUCCCUACUCGGUCGCACACUGUAGCAGCUCAGGGAGGUAUCAAUGCCGCUCUCGGAAACAUGCACGAGGAUGACUGGCGGUGGCACAUGUAUGACACUGUCAAGGGUUCAGAUUGGCUUGGAGACCAGGAUGCUAUUCAUUACAUGACCCGCGAGGCGCCACAGGCCGUCAUUGAGCUUGAGAACUACGGAUGCCCGUUCUCGCGGACGGACGAUGGCAAGAUUUACCAGCGUGCGUUUGGUGGACAGUCACAGAAAUAUGGCAAGGGUGGACAGGCAUACCGAUGCUGCGCCGCUGCCGACAGAACCGGACAUGCACUUCUCCACACGCUUUACGGCCAAUCGCUACGACACAACACCAAAUACUUCAUUGAGUUCUUCGCCACCGACCUGAUCAUGGAGGACGGCGUCUGCAAGGGUGUCGUUGCGUACAACCAGGAAGACGGUACUAUCCACAGGUUCAUUGCGAAGAACACUGUUCUUGCCACCGGUGGUUAUGGCCGUGCCUACUUCAGCUGCACCUCGGCUCACACUUGCACUGGUGACGGUAUGGCCAUGGUUGCCCGUGCCGGGCUUCCCAACCAGGAUCUCGAAUUCGUCCAGUUCCACCCUACCGGUAUCUACGGCGCUGGCUGCUUGAUCACCGAGGGUUCCCGUGGUGAGGGUGGCUAUCUCCUGAACUCCGAGGGUGAGCGUUUCAUGGAGCGUUAUGCCCCUACCGCUAAAGAUCUGGCCUCCCGCGACGUUGUCUCUCGUUCCAUGACCAUGGAGAUCCGCGAGGGUCGUGGUGUUGGGCCGGAAAAGGAUCACAUCUACCUCCAGCUGAGCCACUUGCCGGCCGAGAUCCUUCGCGACAGACUCCCGGGCAUUUCCGAGACCGCCGCUAUCUUCGCUGGCGUCGACGUUACCAAGCAGCCUAUCCCUGUGCUCCCUACCGUCCACUACAACAUGGGUGGUAUUCCUACGAAGUACACUGGCGAGGUUCUCACCGUUGACGAGAAGGGCAACGACAAGGUGGUUCCCGGUCUCUUCGCUUGUGGUGAAGCUGCCUGCGUCUCCGUUCACGGUGCCAACCGUCUUGGUGCAAAUUCCCUCCUCGAUCUCAUCGUCUUUGGCCGUGCCGUCUCUCACACCAUCCGUGACAACUUCUCCCCCGGCCAGAAGGCCGACCCUGUCUCCGCUGAUGCCGGCGCUGAAUCCAUCUCCGUCAUCGACAAGAUUCGCACGUCAGAGGGACCCAAGUCCACUGCUGAGAUCCGUCUUAGCAUGCAGAAGGUUAUGCAGACUGAUGUCUCCGUUUUCCGCACUCAAGAGUCUCUUGACGAGGGUGUCCGCAAGAUUCGCGAGGUCGACUCUACCUUUGCGGAUGUUGGUAUCAAGGACCGUAGCAUGAUCUGGAACUCGGACCUUGUUGAGACUCUGGAGCUCCGUAAUCUGUUGACCUGCGCCGUCCAGACGGCAGAAGCGGCGGCGAACCGCAAGGAGUCGAGAGGUGCGCAUGCCCGUGAGGACUACCCGGAGCGCGACGACGUGAACUGGAUGAAGCACACCUUGUCAUGGCAGAAGACGCCGCAUGGCAAGGUGGAGCUGGGCUACAGAGCGGUCCAGGCAAAUACGCUGGAUGAGAACGAGUGCAAGCCUGUUCCUCCUUUCAAGAGAACGUACUAAGAAGUGUUUUGGCAAUUUCUUUUCUUUUGUAUUCUAUGUACAUUGAAUGAUGCAAUGCACUUGUAGUCGCUUGUAAUCUGGGGAUAUGCAUGUGUGCGGCGUUGCAUGUCCGAAAAGGCAGGUUUAGCCGUGAAAGUAGUCGGACGUGCGUACAAUAGCGAGGAAUCGCAGACGACACUUUUCACUACACUCCCGACCUCAAGAAGCUCCGCACUCAUCAUGGCUAAGCAGGUAGCUCUUCUCCGCUCAAAGCG